UUAAUGAGAAUUAUAUUCCUUGUUCAAAUGUUUCAAAAUUGCCUGAAUUUAUCUUUUGUCUUCCUGACACUAAUGUUGCAAUUGAGUGAGUAUUUAGUGUUAUGAACAGUUUUUAUACUAACGAUAAGACACAGCUUAAAAUGGGCACUUUGAACGGUAUUAUGAAUCGCCAAGAUAAUCUUUGACGAUAACUGACUUUUAUAAGAAGAUCAAAAAAGAAAAAGGUGAGGUUUAAUUUUUGAAUAUCAAUAACCAUAUCUAAAAGGAAUUUACAAAUGGCUCCUCAAGGUGAUCACAAUGUUUCUAAAAGCAAAUGCCAUCUUGAAAGUCGAGAUGGAAAACAGAAACUGUUCUCUUUCCGCUGGCUUUUACGUAAAAGCAAGAGCACCAGGUCUGCUAAAGAAAUAAUGCAACCAGAGAAACCUGUAAAUGUGCCAUCUUCUAAAUCAUGCGACACAGGUAUGAACGGCUUUGAAGCUGUAGACCGCUGUCCAAGAGUUUUGCUGUGGAAAUUGCUUCCUUUGACUGGAAAAAAUGUGGGUCACAGCAAGUUAGGUGCUUGUGCUGUGCGUGAAAAAUUACCUUUGAGAACAUCAUUUAGUUGUAAUGAUGUUUAUAGCAUGGUUCCAACUGUUAAUGUUUUGUGCAGUACUGAAAGCAGUCAAGAUCUCAAUCUCACAAAUCAGAAUGCAUCACGUAUGAAAUAUCCUUCACUAAGUUGGUAUAGAUUGUGUAAAUCAAAUACUCAUUCAAGUAACUUGGAUAACUUUUCAAAAGGCAUCUCCAUACCUAAGUACAAAACUGUCAUCUCACAGCCAACAUAA